CAGAGUCUUCAGCCGCAAUGGGACUGACAUCCGAUUCGCUGACGUCUCCCAGCGACGGCCGCGGAUUGGAGCCCGAUCGCUUGGAGGAGGUGCCCAACUCCUUCAGGGACCUCUUGGCACAGAUUCAGACAUUGCAGGCCAGGCUAUGGCUGGCGCACGAAGCGGAGCUCUAUGGAUGUGACGGUCGAGACGCUAGAGGCUUCAGCAAGUCCUCCAUUCUCUCGCAGUCGGUUGCACACGGCAACACUCCCAAGUCGGAGAAGAAGACGUCCCUGGUGCUGAAUGUGCGCAAGGCCAAGUCGGACCAGG